AGCCGUGCGCGCCAAAGCCGUGCGCCAUGCCGCUGGAUCACCGGCGAGUGCCGGGCCCGGAGGAGUCGCAGUCGCCGCUGCUGUACGUGCCCGGCGGCCAGAAGGCGAGCGGCGAGGUGGCCCAAGCCAACCGGGACCCCUCGGCCCUGCAGCCGCUCUUCGCCCGCGUGGGGCUGCUGAGCCAAGCCAAAGGCUCGGCCUACGUGGAGCUGGACGGAGGCACCAAGGUCCUCUGCUCCGUGGCCGGGCCGCGUGAAGUGGGCGGUGGCGGCGGCGGCGCGUCCGGCGCUCCGUCCGAACAGCGGGUCCGGCUGGUGUGCGACUUUCGCCGGGCGCCUUUCUCCGGCCGCGGCGCCCGCAGCCGCCCCGGCGAGAAGGAACCCGAGCUGGCCCUGGCGAUGCAGGAGGCGCUGGAGCCGGCCGUGCGCGUGGCGCGCUACCCGAGGGCGCAGCUGGAGGUGAGCGCGCUGCUCCUGCAGGACGGCGGCUCUUCCUUGGCCGCCGCCCUUUGCGCCGCCGGGCUGGCUCUGGCCGACGCCGGCAUCGAGCUCUACGACCUGGUGGCGGCUUGCGCGCUCAGCCGGCAGGCCGGGCCGUCGGGGCCCGAGUGGCGGCUUCAGCCCACCGAGCCCGAGGAGCGCGCCGCCUCCGCCCGCCUCACCGUGGCGCUCCUGCCUUCCCUCAACCAGGUCUCCGGCCUGCUGGGCAGCGGCGACGGCGGGCAGGCCGACAGCUGGGCUCAAGCCCUCCGCCUGGGCCUCGACGGCUGCCAGCGCCUUUACCCGCUGCUGCGCCAGAGCCUCCUGCGCGCCGCCAAGCGCCGGGCGCCAGAGCCGCAGGAGCCCGCGGAGAUGGACACGGAGGAGACCCCCGCGGGGACGGCUUGACAUUCGCCCUCGGGGCUUUUCCACGCAGGAUCGUGCACGUCGGACUUCGAUGAUGGAGAGGGAUGUGGAGCCAGAGACCUGCCUGAUCCCCGUCGGACUUAAUUUGGAAACUUUGUUCCCACCCUCCGCUUUGGAAGAUGGGGUGAUGGUGCCCUGGAACCUCAAAAGCUGUGGCUGUUUUGACUCUAAUUUUGCACCCUUGACUUUGCUUUUCUAAGUUGUGUAACCUGCGGCGUCUCCUGAACCCACAACCGGCGUCUCCUGAACCCACAACCGAUGCCCUGUUUUCCUGCUGAAAUAUGACUGUGGGCGAGAUGAGAGAUUGUUGGUCCUGCGGAAGUGGCCUCUUGAACCCUGUUUGUUGAUGUGAUCUUUUGGGAGACUUGGGGAGUUUCUUGCAAGUUUAGGUUCAGUUGAAGUGAUGGCCAAGUUUUCACCAGAAACCACAAUUCAAUUCAAUUUAUUACAUUUAUAUGCUGCCCUUUUCCCCCCCGAAGGGGACUCAGGGCGGCUCACAACU